CCCCCCCCCUCCUGUUCUCCAGAAUGCCGGCCAGUGACACCGCGGCCGGCGCUCGCCCGGCGCAAUCGGUCGCCGGUGAUCUUCCCGCCUUUCCUGGGUCCUUUGCUCGGGUGAAGGUCCGCUAUGUGAUUGGCGCCGCGCAAACCACCCCCUCUUCCCCGGUGGAGGGGGGCCUCACCUCGCCAAACGCCCACGGCACUGCCAUGUCGGCGGACGCCAGCCGCGGCUCCUCGCCCGACCUUGGGGCCCCCCCGGCUCCCAGUGACUUCACCGUGCGCUUCAUGGUCUCGCGCGAUGCCAGCUCCUUGGACCUGCGCCGGCAGGCCCUGUUGGCGGUGUCCUCCUUCGCGGCCAACCUGGCCGAGGGCGGCUCGCCAUCAGCCUUCCCGGUAUUUGUGAUUGUCCCCUUCAACCGGGCCCUGGUCGCGCAGGAUCUCCCCUCGGAGCAGGUGGACUCCCUGCUGUUGAUGGCCGAACGAUCCACGCUGCUCUUUGGUGGCCGCCUCUUCCGGGACUCGGAGAUGGUGGCCGAUUCGAUUUCCGAGUCGACCUUGAACUUGUCGGUCGGCGCGCCGACCCUGCAGCUGCAUGUCCGCGAUCCGACGUCGACCUUCCUGGCGGCCGCCUGCCGGCUCGAUAGCUUCUUGAAGAGCAGCCCCUCUCGCGAUGGCCAAUCCAGCCCACUUGUUUCGACGGAAGACCGGUCACCAGGCCUGGCAGCCGCCAGCCCCAGCAGCGACCCGACUCCCGGCGACACUGGUGGUCUCGUGUCCGGCGAUGCCGCCAGUCGGCCCCCAAGCACCUUGCCCUCCUCGGGGUCCGGCGCUCUUCCAUCGGCCAGCAUCGCGAUUGACCAGGCCCCUGGCAUCGCUGCCGCUCCGCCCCUCGAGGCGGCCGCCCCGCUGUCGACGCCUCACUCGCCCCCGGCCGUCCCCCCACCGGCUGUCACCCCUGCUGACGACUCGAUCCCGGCCAUCGGCGAGCAGGACCCGCUGAAUGUGGUGAUGGUCAAUGGCACGCUUUAUGCCCUGGAAAUGGCGGCACCCUCCUCCGGGACACCCUAUCGCCGCCGGCGCCCAUACUACUUCGGUAGCAUGGCCACCUUCAUGGACCGGCCGCACUAUCUGAUGGGCCAUCCGCACAGCCACUCGCACAGCCACUCGCACUCGCACGGCCAUUCGCACUCGCACUCGCACAGCCACUCGCACUCGCACUCGCACUCGCACUCGCAUGGCCCCAGCGGGGAUAUGGCGGACAUCGAGGAGUCGGACGCCCCGGCCAGCGAGCCGGGUCCUCUGGCCGACGCCCGGACCGGGCGCCGGCGCCGGCGCCGGCGCAUCGAGAUGGCCGCCGACCGGCGGAACAUCCUCCGUCAGCACUUCCCCUCGCUUGCCGGGCUGGUCGAGAACCCGAGCGUGGCUCUGCUCCAGAGUCCGCAGGCCAGCGUGGAGAUGAUCGAGCUGCUGCGGUUCAUCGGCAACCGCAACCAGAUCCUGGAAGCCCGGGUCGGGGAUUUGCUGGAGGAAGUGGUGGACCGGAUUGCCGAAGGCCAUGCCCCGCCGGAUGUGCCGCGUGUGCACGAGGUCCAAGUCCACAUCCGUGUACCGGGACUUCUGUUGCAGCUGCUGCUGCUGCUCAUCCCUCUGGCCCUCAUCUACUUCACCUGGGACAUGGUGUCCUACAAGCCGUACUGGCUGAUCGGCGGCCUUUCGCCACUGGUGUGGAUCAUUCGCCGGGUGGCGGCCAUGCUGGACCGGCCGGUGCGGGAGCGCGAAGCGGCCCGGGCGAACGCCGAGGCCGCGGCCGCGGCCGCUGAGGCUGCCGUGGCUGAGGCUGCUGCGGCUCAGGCCGCUGUGGCUGAGGCUGCCGUGGCCGUCGAUGAUGAACCCGGCACGGAUGGCCGCGACCCGGGGCACCCCGCCCCCGAGCCUCGGGCCGCUCCGGCGCGUGGUCCGCGGCCCGACCCUUCAGACCUGACCCGCCGCGCGGCUGAUGCUCGGGCGGCCAUCCCUCCUCCGGAGCCUCUGGUGGCACACAUUGCCCGUACGGCGGCUCGGAUUGUGGUGCACUUUGUGGCAGCACUCCUGCCGGACAAUGAUUACCCCGCCCAGAAUGCCGGACGUCCCGGCCGGGCGCGGGCUGGUGCGGGCGCUCGCCAGGGUCCUGUCGCUGCCCCGGCUGCUGCCCCGGCUGCUGCCCCGGCUGCCCCAGUCGCCCCGGCUGUUGACGCUGCCGCUGGAGCUGAUCCCGGUCGGAGGGCUGCCCCUGCUGGGUUGGAGGGCGUCGUGCUAGCCGCAGCGGACCGCGUCGCCGAUGAUCGAGCUCCGGCCAUUCGUCGGCGGUGGGCUCCGGCCGCGGCCCCUGUCGCCGCCCCGGCCCCGGCUUCGACCCCAUCCACAACAGGCUCUCCGACCAUCUCCGCACAUUGGCAGGCGGGGCCAGCACCGACUGCUGCCCGGGAGGACCCCCAACCAACAUCGCCAACUGCCGGAGCCCUUGCCCUGCCCAUGACCACGGUCGGCGCCACCGUCGCGGCCACUUCUGCUGAGAGUAUCCGCAUGUCCCCGGAAGCUGACCCGGCACCAGUUGGUGCUCAGGUUACCCUGCCAGCACCGUCGACCCCCCUGAAUGCGACCGCUCCGGUCAGUGUGGUGGCCGCCGCCCCUCAUCAAGAGCCCCCAUCGCCCGGGCCUUUUGCCCCUGCUUCCCGGGUGACGGCUGCCACGGCGGAAGGUGCGGCAGAUGAGCUUCACACUGGCUGUGGGGACUCCCCGGGCACCGGCCUGCCCGCCGGCGAGGGCUCCGAUCGUGGUGAGGACUUUGGACCUGGAGAUGCUGGUGCUCAGAGCACCCCCGGGCACGAUGCCCGAGGCCCGAGUCCCACCCCGGCCGAGGGACAUGUGGCCCAAGUGACGGACCACCCCUUGGCCGACGAUCAGCCGCUCGCCGAGACCCCUUCCGGGGGGGGGAACGACUCGAUCAAUCCUGAGGCCCGUGUCUCGAGCGAUGAAGGCCCGCCCGGCGGCCCGGAUGACAGUGCCUCGGCCAACGAUGCGGAUGCCCUGCCAGGUGGCAUGCCCUCUGUCCCUCUCGACUGGCCGGCGCAUGCUGUGGCGGCCGAGGAGCAGGAGUCAAGUGAUCUCUCCGGCGAGGGCGUCAGCCAGACCGAUUCCGAAUCGGCAUCCCCUGGCAGCAGCGCCCCCGCGUAGGAAGGGGCGACCGGGGGGCAUCCCGCGCCCAUCGUGCGUGUCUUGCACGCUUUCGGGGCACAACUAGAAUGUUGCCGCUGGCUGGUGAUGGACACCCCCGUAUACAGGCCAGCCAAGCAAGGGGGCUACGCGUUCUCGCCCUUGCCCUCGCUCCCUUCCCCUCCUCUCCCCAUUUCCUGCUCUGCCAUGUGUGUAUGCAUGUCUGCCGGGCAUAUUCCGCCUGCGCGAGCACGUCCACUCUGUCUGCCUCUCUCUGUCUUUCUUUCUCCAAAUCCGCUUUGUCCUUGAGUUCCAGAAUAAAUGGACUGUUGCCAGCCCUGGGUCUCGCGUGCGCGGGUGUUCCCGCUCGUUCGCGGGAGAGGCAACGAAAGGGA